UCUGCUCCAGUGUGUCGACAGAAGUGACAGGAACAUGAACGAAACUGAAACAGCUCAUCCAUGUCAUUCCCUGCAGACAAGAUGUGACUCGAGCCUGAAGCAUCUGUGAGAAGGAUAUCCAAGAGGAGCCAGGAUGGAGGCUCUGAAUUCAUCCCAUACCACCAACAUCAGCAGUGUUGAUAACGCCAGCCUCUUCUCUGGGAGUCCGUACACGACUGUGGAGAUAGUGCUCAUCAUCCUGGUGGCUGGAUCUCUGAGUCUGAUCACUGUCAUUGGAAACAUCCUGGUCAUGCUCUCCAUAAAGGUAAACAGGAACCUGCAGACCGUCAACAACUACUUCCUGUUCAGCCUGGCUUGUGCAGACCUCAUUAUUGGCGUCUGCUCCAUGAACCUCUACACUGUCUACAUUGUGAUUGGCUACUGGCCUUUGGGAGCGGUGGUGUGUGACCUGUGGCUGGCUGUCGAUUAUGUUGUCAGCAACGCCUCAGUCAUGAACCUGCUCAUCAUUAGUUUUGACCGUUACUUCUGUGUCACCAAACCACUCAGCUACCCAGCACGCCGCAGCACCAAGAUGGCGGGUCUGAUGAUCGCGGCGGCCUGGGUCUUGUCCUUCAUCCUGUGGGCUCCAGCCAUUUUGUUCUGGCAGUUCAUUGUGGGCGGGAGAACUGUGCCGUCAGGUGAGUGCUACAUCCAGUUCUUCUCCAACCCAGCGGUGACGUUUGGGACAGCCAUAGCGGCUUUUUACCUGCCCGUGGCCAUCAUGAUCCACCUGUACUGGCGCAUCUCCAAGGCCAGCCGCAGCCGCAUGAGGAGGGACAGCAGGAAGACAUCAGGCACGAGUAUCGGAGAGGGCCCCUCUCACAGCCAGGAGGACGGAUGUGGGAGUCAGAACAACUGCAUCGUGACAAGAGAAGCUCAGGAGGAAGCUGGAGAUGGGAAGGAUAAGGAAGUGUUGCAGCGGUCAAACGGAGGCAGCCCCUGCAAGGAAGAGGGAACUGACCAGGUGGACUCGGACAGCGUUCACGCUUCAACAUCUAAAGACACAGCUGCUGCACCUGCGUCAUCACAGAAAUCAUCAAAUGACGGGAGAAAGACCAAUCAAACACAGCCACCUUCCCCGGAGAACUCAGCCGCUGACAGGCAAAGUCUGGUCACGAGGACACUGUUUAAGGUAACAAAGCAGAACGCUGUGGCAAAGUGGAAAAAGAGGGGCAUUUCCUCCAGGGAGAAAAAGGUGACGCGCACCAUCAUGGCCAUCCUGGUUGCUUUUGUUGCCACUUGGACGCCGUACAAUGUGAUGGUCCUGAUCAACACCUUCUGUUCCAUCUGCAUCCCAAACUCCCUCUGGACCAUUGGCUACUGGCUCUGCUACAUCAACAGCACCAUCAACCCGGCUUGCUACGCCCUCUGCAACGCCACCUUCAAAAACACCUUCAAGCACCUGCUUCUGUGCCAGUACAAGAACAUACGCACGGCACGAUGAGGGGCAAAAUACUGGCUCAAGUCUGUGAUGGAGUCAAAGUAAUGUGAUAAAGAGAAUAUUGGAGUGAACACAUUUUUGAAAUAUAGACUAGAUGUGUUCUUAUUGUUUACUCACUCCAUUUUGUUUUCAACUUAUUACACCACUGCCACUGAAAAUAAAACUGUUUUAAAUUUAUAAUAAUACUUAACUUUUAAUGAUUUCAAAAACAGAUGUGGUAUUGUAUUAUGAUGCUCUGGACAAUGUGUUCUGGUGGGAAUGAGGUUUAUUGUAAAAAAACAAACAAAAAAAAGUACAUUUGACUACCUUGACAGGAUAUUUCCCUCUCUGCUCCUUCGACAUGAGCUUGUGCAGUACGUUGUUGAAUAUGCAACCUGUUUUUACCCCCAGCAUUAAAAGUGUGGUUAAUGUGAUAAAAUUGUAGGUUUACAAUGAAAAAGAAGAUGAACUGCAUUAUUGAUAUACACCGUAUUAUUGCUAUGUUAUUGCAUAAAGUAACACUGAGCUGUGAAACAGAAAAAACGAAAAUCAAUCAAACCGAAAAAUCGGUCUCAACUAAGAAAGAAAAAUAAGUAUCAGCAACUGCAAUCUGAUGCUUGUGCGUGAUUGUGUGUGUGUGUGUGUGUAUGUGUGUGUGUGCGCGUGUGUCUGCAUGUUGUAAAUUUACUCAGUCAUAUUAAUAACAUCUGUAAUCCAUGUUGUUGUGAAAUGAGCCUAAGUGUAAGAUUUGUCCACAUCUUCUUGUCUUUCUUCACAUAUUAACACAUUUUCUCUAAAUAAAAGACUUCAUGUCAGAACCGUC